AGCGCGGCGUGUUGUUGACAGCCGCCCGGGCGGACCGGGAAGUGAGCGUGUGAGGGCGCGGGGGCUCGGGGCCGCUCCGUCUGAAGAAGGAAAGGAGAAAUGAGCCAAGCCAGGAGGCCGCCGAGCCGCGGCGGCACUGCCGCCGGCAGGCAGAUGCCUUUGCUGAUGGACUUCUCUCCGGAGGCGAUGAUGGCAAACGACGCUGGAGAUGACGCAGCCGAGCUGGAGGCCGAGCUACUGGCUAUUGUGGGAGGCCAGCCUGAUCCAGAAGGAAAACCCAAGGGGAAAACGCCCUUGCCGAUGGAAGCAAUCGAGAGGAUGGCUGCUCUCUGCAUGAAAGACCUGGAUGAAGAGGAGCGAGACGACGAGGAAGAUCUGGAAGACGAAGAUGACCUCUUGGCGGAGCUCCAGGAAGUACUUGGUGAAGGGGAAGAGAGCGCAGAUGCCCCGGUACCAGCUGCAAAGGUGGGCGAAACGCCUCGCGAGUGCAGCAGCACCGAGUCCACGCUGGCCGAGAGGGUGGACAUGUACAAAACGGCCAUCGCCAACGCCAAGCAGGCUGGAGACUGCUCCAAGGUGCGCCGCUACGAGAGGGGCCUCAAGACCCUAGAGAACAUGCUGACCUCUGUGAGGAAGGGAAAGAAGAUCGCCGAGGAGGAAAUCCCGCCACCGGUGGCUCUGGGGAAGAGCGUGAGCUCCCAGCAGCCCUCCCCUUCGGCAGCAGCGUCGCCCCUUCCCAGCUCCACGCCUGCAGCAAGCCCGGACUCGCCACCGCCUCCUGCGCAGCCGCCUCUUGUCUCUCCCCCCAAGCCCCUACCCAAGUCACAGCCGCCUCCUGUUCUCCCAAAGCCUCAGGUCUCGCCUGGCCCUGCUUUACCUGUCGGCUCUCCAGAGAAAAAAACGGUUUCUCGCUUUUCAGGGCCCGGCCCAGCCGGCACCGCGGCCCUGCUGCAGGGCCGGCAGCGGGAUUACAAGCUGGCAGCCCUGCGUGCGAAGCAGCAGGGAGACGUGGAGAUGGCCACGAAAUACUACCGCGUCGCAAAGAGCUUUGACUCCCUGUUAGAAGCUUUGGGGAAGGGCCAUCCGGUGGAUCCGAGCAGCGUGCCCCCUCCUCCCGACCAGCUGCCUAAGGAGCUGCUGUCGCCCGGCCAGCAGCAGUCUGCCGCGCCAACGCCAGCGGUCGCGCCUGAAGCGAAACCGGCCUCUCCCGCAGCAGACGUUCCUCCUGCCCCUCGGGACACGCUGGAAGCUCUGCAGCAGAGAAUGGAGAGGUACAAAACGGCAGCGGCGCAGGCCAAGAGCAAAGGGGACGAUCGCAAGGCCAGGAUGCACGAGCGCAUCGUGAAGCAAUACCAAGACGCCAUCCGGGCUCACAAAGCAGGGAAAACAGUGGAUUUCUCGGAGCUGCCCGUUCCACCAGGCUUCCAGCCCAUCCAGGGCAUGGAGACGCCGUCUGGAGACCAAAGCAUCGCAGGAGUGCUGGAGACUGCCAUGAAACUGGCCAACCAGGAGGUCCAAGAGAAUGAGGAGGAGGCCAAGGAGACAAAGAAGCCUGCUCCCUGCCCCGCUCCGACGAGAGCAGCCACCUCUUCCCAGCCCAAGCAGCAGCCUCAGCAGCCCCCACGAGCAUCCUCGACGGGCGCCCCCUCGGCAGCAAAUUCCGCAGGAGUGGCUAAACCAGCCCCCAAGGGCACCACGAAAGCCCAGCAGCAGCUGGCCUUCCUGGAAGGCAGGAAAAAGCAACUGAUGCAGGCCGCGCUCCGAGCCAAGCAGAAGAACGACAUCGAGGGGGCGAAGCUGUUCCUGCGCCAGGCCAAAGGGCUCGACCCCAUGAUAGAGGCGUCGCAGAACGGCCUUCCCGUGGACAUAACCAAGGUCCCUGAAGCCCCGGUGAACAAGGAGGACUUCGUGCUGGUGCAGCGUCGGGGGGUUAACAUCUCCCCGGAGGCUGCCAGCCAGUACCUGGAGCUAAUGAAGCUGAUCAGGCAGCAGCACGAGAUGUGCGUGAAUUACUCCAAGCAGUUCACUCACCUGGGGAACAUCGCGGAGACGACCAAGUUCGAGAAGAUGGCUGAGGACUGCAAGCAGAACAUGGAGAUCCUGAAGCAGGCCCAUGCCAGAGGCUUCCCUCUGCCCAAGUACCACUACGAGCAGAGGACCUUCAACAUCAUCAAGAUCUUCCCCGAACUGAACAGCAACGACAUGGUGCUGUCUAUAGUGAAGGGCAUCAAUCUCCCAGCCCCGCCAGGUGUGGCUCCCAAUGACCUGGAUGCCUUUGUGCGCUUCGAGUUCCCCUAUCCCAACGCGGAGGAAGCUCAAAAGGACAAGACCAACGUGAUCAAAAACACGGAUUCUCCUGAAUUCAACGAGCGGUUCAAGCUGUACAUUAACCGGGGCCACCGUGGGCUCAAGCGGGUCAUCCAGACCAAAGGCAUCAAGUUCGAAGUGGCGCACAAAGGGGGGUUGUUCAAGACGGAUCGUGUCAUUGGGACGGCCCAGCUGAAGCUCGAGGCCCUGGAGACCGCUUGUGAGGUCCGGGAGAUCGUCGAGCUGCUGGAUGGCCGCCGCCCCACGGGGGGGAAGCUGGAGGUGAUCGUCCGGAUACGAGAGCCCCUGAGCUCCCAGCAGCUGGAGACGAGAACGGAGAGGUGGCUGGUUAUCAACCCCAGCACCAUGCCGCCGGUCGCCGUUCCCAAACCCAGACCGGCGGCUGCGCCGAUAAAGGACACAGGCAACAGCAAACCUGCCCGUGCGCUGCCCAGUCUCAACCUGCUGGGCUUCGACCGGGAGAAACUGGAGAAAAAGAUGCUGGCGUACAAGCAGGCUCACCGGCAGCUCCCCAACGAGGUGCUGGAGCAGUACCAGGACGUGCUCCAGCGGACCCAGUGGCUGCGGGCGCAGCUGCAGCAUGGCACGCCGGCCUUCCGGAAAGAAUACCUGGCCCAGCUGGAGCGCUACCUGCAGCUCUAUACGGACACGGCGCGGCGCCUGGGCACUGAGGGCAACCGGGAUGCGGCCAAGGAAGCUCUUUACAAGAGGAAUUUGGUGGAGAGCGAGCUGCAGAAGCUGCGCCGAUGAGCCGCGUUCCCGCCCGGAGCCGGCCCCGCUGCGACAAUCACCCGGCGGCCGGGAGCAUCCGUCUCCGGCGGGAGGGCCGAGGCGAGGCCCCGCGGGAUCAGCGCUGCUAUUCCUUCCCCUCCCUGAUCCCGCCACCGCCGCUGCUGCUCCUGGCCCCGCUCCCGCGCUUUGCACGUGUCCCUCGGCGCCGGCGGCCGCUCCGGCACCGCGGGAUCCCCCUCGUCCUCUCCCCGGGGCCCUUCCUCCGAACCAAAGCGCCGGCUCCUCCGCUCCCGCUGCUCUAAGUGCCUGGCUCCGGGCUCGGCCCCGGGGCCUCCGGAGGCGGCGCGGACGUGGGAUGCCAGAGCCGCCCCCCCCGCCCACCCUGCCGGGUUCUUCCGUGCUUUCAGAGACAAAUCUAUAAAGUUUAUAAGAAUC